AUGAUAGAGUUGGAGGACUCCAAUCUGACAAGGGAUAGGGAUCACCGGUUUUUGGUAUUGGCUGCACUAGGAACAGAGUAUUUUGAGCACCUACUCCCUGAUAUCAUUCGAAACUGUGCUCACCAGAAAGCAUCUGUGCGUGAUGGUUAUUUGACUCUUUUCAAGUAUCUGCCAAGGUCAUUGGGUGGCCAGUUCCAGAACUACUUGCAGCAGGUGCUGCCUGCUAUUUUAGAUGGUCUUGCAGAUGAGAAUGAAUCUGUACGUGAUGCAGCACUCGGUGCUGGUCAUGUUCUGGUGGAACACUAUGCAACAACGUCUCUGCCUCUACUCCUUCCAGCCGUAGAAGAUGGUAUUUUUAAUGAUAAUUGGCGUAUCCGACAAAGUUCUGUUGAAUUGUUAGGAGAUCUCUUGUUUAAAGUUGCUGGAACUUCUGGAAAAGCACUUCUUGAGGGUGGUAGCGACGAUGAAGGUUCUAGUACUGAAGCACAUGGUCGUGCUAUUAUUGAGGUGCUUGGUAGGGCCAAACGUAAUGAAGUUCUUGCUGCUUUGUAUAUGGUUCGAACAGAUGUCAGCAUAUCCGUACGCCAGGCUGCUUUACAUGUGUGGAAGACCAUUGUCGCAAAUACUCCAAAAACUCUGAAGGAAAUAAUUCCUGUUUUGAUGAAUACGUUGAUUAUUUCUCUUGCAUCAUCAUCCUCCGAAAGGCGGCAGGUUGCUGCAAGAUCACUGGGUGAGCUUGUUAGGAAGCUUGGGGAGAGGGUGCUUCCUUUAAUUAUUCCUAUUUUAUCCCAAGGGCUAAAGGACAAAAAUGCUAGCAGAAGACAAGGUGUCUGCAUUGGUCUAGGUGAAGUGAUGGCCAGUGCUGGUAAAAGUCAGUUAUUGAGUUUCAUGGAUGAGCUUAUCCGUACAAUACGAACAGCCCUCUGUGAUAGGUUUGUCAAUUCUUUUUCUUAUAUUUCUGUUAUUGGACACAAUGUUAUCGAAGUUUGGAUUUUCUCAUCACAGUAUGAGGAACAUCUCAUUGUAAUCUAUUCCUCUAUCAGCAUACCUGAGGUUCGUGAAAGUGCGGGCUUAGCAUUCAGUACACUUUACAAGAGUGCUGGAAUGCAAGCAAUUGAUGAGAUUGUGCCAACACUUUUGCAUGCUUUGGAGGAUGAUGAAACCUCUGAUACUGGCCUUGACGGCCUCAAACAAAUCUUGAGUGUUAGGACUGCAGCUGUUUUGCCACACAUCUUGCCCAAACUCGUCCAUCUUCCCCUUUCUGCCUUUAAUGCCCAUGCUUUGGGAGCUUUAGCCGAGGUUGCCGGACCCGGCCUUGACUUCCACCUUAAUUCUGUUCUUCCAGCUCUACUUGCUGCUAUGGGUGAUGAAGACAUGGAAGUCCAAAAUUUGGCAAAGAAGGCUGCAGAAACUGUUGUCUUGGUCAUUGAUGAAGAUGGCACUGAAUCUUUGAUAUCAGAGCUUCUCAAAGGGGUUGGGGAUAAUCAGGCUUCUGUGAGGCGAAGUUCAUCCUAUCUAAUAGGAUACUUCUUCAAAAACAGCAAAUUAUAUCUGGUUGAUGAAGCUCCAAACAUGAUAUCCACCCUCAUUAUUUUGCUCAGUGACUCAAAUGCAUCUACUGUUGCGGUUGCUUGGGAAGCUUUGUCGAGAGUUGUGAGUUCAGUUCCUAGAGAAGUUCUUCCUUCAUAUAUAAAGUUAGUUCGUGAUGCCGUAUCUACAUCCAGAGAUAAAGAGCGUAGAAAGAAAAAGGGUGGACCAGUUCUUAUACCUGGAUUUUGUCUCCCGAAAGCUCUUCAACCAUUGCUUCCCAUCUUUCUCCAGGGUCUCAUAAGUGGAUCAGCUGAAUUGAGGGAGCAGGCAGCCCUGGGUCUUGGAGAGCUAAUUGAAGUGACAAGCGAACAAGCGCUAAAGGAGUUUGUUAUCCCAAUUACAGGUGCGGUUUGGGUGGUUGUGGUGGAGCAACAACAACAUGAUAUGAGGUGGGGUGCUGAAUGGAGAUGUUGGGGAGACAAGGGUGUUGGUGGUGUGUGUGGUGAAGGGGAGAGGAUUGAUGGUGGUUUGUUUGCAGGAGAGAGAUUUUGCUGCGGUGAGUUGGUUAGGUUGGAUCACCGUGGGUGGAGGGUUGGGGAAAUGGGUCGGUUGGGUCUUCAGUGGGGGUUUGCUUUUUGCCAUGAGAGAGAAAUGAGGAUACUUUUGUCUUUUAGGCCUCUCAUUCGUAUUAUUAGUGACCGAUUCCCAUGGCAAGUGAAGGGUGCAAUUCUUUCUACUUUGAGUAUCAUUAUUCGGAAGGGUGGGAUGGCCCUUAAACCGUUUCUUCCACAGCUUCAAACAACAUUUAUUAAGUGUCUGCAGGACAAUACAAGGACUGUUCGUUCAAGUGCUGCCUUUGCACUUGGGAAGCUUAGUGCACUCACUGCUAGGGUUGACCCUUUAGUUGGUGAUCUUCUCUCCAGUUUGCAGGCAUCAGAUGGUGGGGUCCGUGAGACAAUAUUGGCUGCUUUGAAAGGUGUAGUUAAGCAUGCUGGCAAGAAUUUAAGUAGUGCCGUAAGAACCCAUGUCUACACUCUCCUGAAGGAUCUAAUAUACAAUGAUGAUGACCAAAUACGAAGUUCUGCUGCAAGCAUUUUGGGCAUAUUGUCCCAGUACUUGGAAGAAAGUCAAAUUUUUGAAUUAGUGGGAGAACUUCCAAAUUUGGCCUCAUCUUCUAGCUACUCUGCCAGACAUGGGUCAGUACUUACCAUCUCUUCCAUGCUUAGACACAAUCCUUCAGCGAUUUGUCUGCCUGCAUUGUUCUCAGUAGUGGUGCUCUGCCUGAAAGAUGCCUUGAAAGAUGAAAAGUUCCCCGUUCGUGAAACGUCAACCAGAGCAAUAGGAAGGUUGCUACUUCAUCAAAUUCAGAGUGAUCCUUCUAACACCACUGCUCAUUUGGAAACUCUUGCAUCUUUAGUGAUAGCUAUGCAGGAUGAUUCCAGUGAAGUCAGAAGACGAGCAUUAUCUGCACUUAAAGCAGUUGCAAAGGUUAAUCCGACCGCUACUACGAUCCACAUAACAAUGUUUGGCCCCGUACUUUCUGAAUGUCUAAAGGAUGGUAACACACCAGUGCGACUUGCUGCAGAGAGAUGCGUUCAGCAUGUCUUCCACUUGACAAAGGGUGCAGAAAAUAUUCAAGCUGCACAAAAAUUCAUAACUGGCUUGGACGCCAGGCGAAUAUCAAAGUUGCCUGAACACAGGUAUGUCAGCACACAUUUCGUUUUGUUCCUGAUUUUGCACAUUCAGUUGAAUAUAAUAGGAUUAGGAUAUUUGCAUAUGUUUUAAUCAUGUUGCAAAAAUCAUGUAUAACCAUCAACAAGAUUUGAUGUUCAGUCCACUAGAUGCAAUAGGUUUCAAUUCAUUGGUGCAACGGUCGGGACAUACAAAUGGAACAUGUCACAAUAAAUGUAUAGGUGGAUACACACAAGAUAAAUGGUAGUCGCAUGAUAACUGUGCACUUUGAUUGUAGUUCCAAUGAAGGGUGUGUGUGGGUUGGGGUUAUUGGCUAUCCCAAAACCAACCUGAACUUGGUGGUUGUGAAAAUUUCAACCCUAUGGAACCACACGUUUGAAAAAAACCAACCCAAGCAAGGUUUCGUUUGUUUUUUGGUUAUCCAUUAUGCCAUAACUAUAGCUAAUCACAUUUGUGAUUUCCACAUAGAAAGAAAACUUGAAGUGCAUGGAAGCUAAAGAUCACAUAUUAUCAGGGCACCAGAUCAUUUCAUAACAAACUUAUAGAACCAAGGCCACAAAGGGCAUCAUAAGUCACAUCAGUGAGGUAUAUAAUGUGUUGUAUGUUUUUGUGUAGGUUACAUAUGGAAAUGAUUAUUGGUUGUUUCUAUGUCCAGAGGCUGAACCUAGAAUUGAAUGAACUAAUAGGUUCCACAAUUUUUGCCAAACCAAGCAACCUACGGAGUCUGGUUGGGUAUUUUUCUUCUGGUUAUGCGAGAAUGAUGCUCACUUGCAUUCUCUUUUGUUACAAACAAUUAUCCCAAAACAGGGGUGUGCUUUUUGGAUUUUCAACAGAAUGUGAAGGUGGUUCGCCUUUAGUUUUUCUAUCUCUUCUUGUCUUACAUUUAGGCUGUAUUUUC